ACGAAGGAUGGGGGUCAGCGUGGGAAAGACUUACACCAAGAACUACUACGAGAUAUUGAACGUCGGUCCAGUCGCCACCGACGAAGACAUCAAGAGGCUGGCCCUCAGGUACCACCCCGACAAGAACGAUUCCCCGGAGGCAGAGGAGAGAUUCAAAGACUUGGCCGAAGCCUACGAGGUGCUGAGCGACAAGGCCGAACGGAAGGACUACGAUCGAAAGAGGAAGAGCGGAUCCGACGUCGGAGGGUCCGGCGUCGAUGGAGCGUUUCGCGCGCCUCCGCGCGAUCCUCGAGCCACCUUCACCGGACUCUUCGGGGCUUCCGAUCGCAACCCCUUCGGGACUUCCGAUCGUAACCCCUUUGAAGGACUCUUCCGCGACGCGGGACCCAACGCGGCCGCUCGACGCAGCAGCACGGACCCCGACGACGAAAGCGAAUCCCCGGCCGUGCAGCACGACCUCCCCGUCUCCCUCUCGGACGUGAACCGCGGCUGCGAAAAACGCUUCUUCGUCUCCCGCCGGGCGACGGACGACGCCGGAACCUCCAGAACGGAGAAGAAACUCCUCGUCGUAAAAGUAGAGCCCGGCACGGAAGCGGGAACCCGG